AUGAGCCGCCAGCAGCCACAGCAGCAGCCCCAGGUCCAGCCUUGCAGAUACAAGGUUGGCAAGACUCUGGGAGCUGGCUCAUACUCGGUCGUCAAGGAAUGCGUCCAUAUCGAUACCGGGCGCUACUAUGCCGCCAAGGUUAUCAAUAAGCGACUGAUGGCGGGGCGAGAACACAUGGUCCGAAAUGAAAUCGCCGUCCUGAAAAAGGUGUCCAUGGGCCACCAGAACAUCCUGACGCUGGUCGACUACUUCGAGACAAUGAACAACCUCUACCUCGUCACAGACCUGGCUCUCGGAGGCGAGCUAUUUGACCGCAUCUGCAGAAAGGGCUCAUACUACGAAUCCGAUGCGGCGGAUCUGAUCCGGGCGACUCUUUCUGCCGUCGCAUACCUCCACGACCACGGCAUCGUCCACCGUGACUUGAAGCCCGAGAACCUGCUCUUCCGCACCCCCGAGGACAAUGCAGACCUGCUCAUCGCCGACUUUGGCCUGUCUCGCAUCAUGGACGAAGAGCAGUUCCAUGUCCUCACCACGACCUGUGGUACUCCUGGCUACAUGGCUCCCGAGAUUUUUAAGAAGACGGGCCAUGGUAAGCCCGUUGACCUGUGGGCCAUCGGUGUCAUCACCUACUUCCUUCUCUGCGGCUACACCCCCUUCGACCGAGACUCCGACUUUGAGGAGAUGCAGGCCAUUCUCAAUGCCGACUACAGCUUCACUCCGGUCGAGUACUGGCGCGGCGUCUCCUCUCACGCAAAGGACUUUAUCCGGCGAUGCCUCACCAUCGACCAGGACAAGCGCAUCACCGCCCACGAGGCCCUUCAGCAUGCCUUUGUCGCCGGUCUCGCCCCUUCAGACGGCGCCGGCGAGAACUUGCUGCCCACGAUCAAGAAGAACUUCAACGCGCGGCGCACGCUCCACGCGGCCAUCGAUACCGUCCGCGCCAUCAACAAGCUACGCGAGGCUCAAAAUCUCAUGAUGGACGGCGCUCGUUCCCAAGAGCCUACACGCAACCGCGGCGCUGGCCCGAACAUCCCUGCUCCUGUCAACGGCGUUCGUAAAGACGACAGCGCCAUAUCCAUGGGCUCCAGCCAGGGUAAUGACAGCGAAUCCAGCGCAAACAGGCCAACCGACGAUGUAGUCAUGGGCAACACAACUCCUGCCUCUGACGUGCCUGCAGCACUACAACCGGGCAACAUGGCGAACCGUCUCGUGCAAACAAGCAAGGGCCUCUGGAACCCCGAGGUUGCCAGGUAGCUUACCUCUGCCAUAUAGAUAUGGCAACACGCAUUUCUUUUUGGCAUGCCAGCGACAAGUAGCGAGAGAGAGAAAAUAUCUCUAAAGGGAGAACAUGAGUAUGUGUGCACCGGCGCUGGCAGCCCACUUGAUACCCAACCAUGUUUCUCAUAGAAUCUACUUGAGGGGGGAAGAAGGUUUCUCUAUUUUGUGCUUUCCCAACUAUGAGAGAAUGAGGUGAUGGAUUUGAUAUAUCGCUUUUUUUUUCUUCUUUUCUUUUCUGGAAUGUUCCCUAUUGCCUCCAUCAUAUGCCUGCAACAAAAAAAAACUGAAUUUGAACAUUUCUCCCUUCCAUUUUAUAUUCGUUUCUCUUCUUUCUUUAUACUAUGCUCGGUUUUCAUCCUUGUUUGUCAAAGUCAUGGGAAUAUAAUGGGACUCUAUUUUUUCUUCUUCUUUCUUUUAUAUAUAACGCCUGUCGUCUCUGAGUAGUAGAAACCAAAGACAAAGUUAGUCAAGUGAGAAGGGAGAGAGAGAGAAAGGGGAGAAGGCAUAAGGGAACAUAUAUGGGCUAUAUGUAGCAAUGGAAUUGAACGCCUAAUUUUGAGUAACGAGUGGAAAAUAUAUAACAACACUGCUUAUCUGAAACUACUUGGUGACUCUUAUCUAGAGAAAAUAUCGUGGUUUGAAACAGACUUACGUACAACGUGAUGAAUUGUCACGCCAUGGUUUGAGACUCAUGAUUGAUCGAUAUCGAGGCACAUUUUACUCCAUUCAGUUCAUUUGAUAUCAUUCAUAUCGUUAGUAUCGUUUGAUUUCUUUUCACUCGGUAUCAUUCAUCACGCAGAAAUUGAAAUUUGGCUUUCAUCUUUUUUUUAUUCAUUUGUUCAUUUGUGCCUUUUGUUCAAAAGGUUGAGCGAGCGGCAUCUUUGGUAUCUUCUUCGCCAUAGGCCUAGUGUAACUCUUUCCCAAGACCGCCCCCUCCUUCGUGUCUGAAAGCCAUACCCAUUAUCAUCGAUACGGAUGCGUCUCUCCCAGCUCAUUGCUUUCGUCAGUGGCCAUCCCAUCCUCAUGGCUCACUUAGCGAGCGUUCAGUGCAUGUACUCAAUCCUAUCCAUCCUCCAUGCACGGAUUAUCCACUUGGUAUGUAUACAUUACGUACUCUAUCAUUUGAAGUAGUAGUACCCUUUCCUUUGUCGAAUAUAUGCAGUCGAAUCAUUUGACAGGUUCGAAUGGAAAAUAAGAAUAUCCUUUUCUUUCCCGUGAUUCCCCGAUCCAGACUCCCAUCCCUCCAGUAUUAAAUAUUCGGUAUCCGGUUUGGUAAUAACGAAACCGGAUUUGACCCCCCACCCUUUCACCAAGAAUAAGAAAAAAAAAAGCCAACACCACAUUGCGCCAUUUCGCUGUGCCGAUGAAUGCCAAAGAUGUUUAGAAAAAAGGCUGUGCUGCCAAAUAUUAAUUACGAAUUUUGAAUUGAAUCAUAAGCAGGUUCGUAACGCUCAGACAUCCCGUCGUAUUAGGUGCCGAGUUGAGAGAUAUAAGAGAUGGAAGUAGUGAAAAAAUUUGUAUCGUCGAGUAAAGUGAAUUUCCGACGGGAUCGGAUGUCAAAAAUUAUUACCGCGAAAUGACAACCUCGCUUAAAUCAACGUCCCGUGGUGGGAUAUGUCCAUCCCAAUUCUGCCCGUCGCCGGUCAGAUCCAUGAUUCCGGGAGUAGAAGCUUCGGAAGUGGUAGGGCUGAGAGUGCCGCUGCUGGAGCUGCUGGCGACAGUCCAUCCGUCGCUGGAGUUGGAGCGAUGGUGGUCGAUGAAUCCAAGGCUAAAGUAUCGGCCAGUCUCCUCGUCUUGGACCUUGUGGCGGUCGCCGACUUCGACGUAAUCGUACUCCCAUCGGGUAAGCUUGUCGGCCUGGCGUUGCGGCAGCCACCUAGCACGGCAGUAGUAGUAAAACGCAGAAGCGAUAAGACCACCAGUCACCAGAUCGAUGGCAUAGUGGUGGCUCAGGUACAUGGUUGCCCACCAAACCCAGCCGGCGUAAGCUGCAAAGAAGAACUUGAACUGAGGGAAGCAGUGGCUCAUGAACAGGGCCUCGAGAACGGCGUUGGCAGCGUGGAGAGAGGGGAAAGCACCAAAUGGUAGAGGGGCGUUGGUGAAGUUGGUAGUGUAGAGGUCGAUACCAAAAAUCGCGUCAACACGAGCCAAUCCAGCGGGCGAUCCAUGCAUGCCGUAGGCGGCGGGAACAAG